CGGAUCUACAAAGGCAGGGGGAUCCUGAAUGUUUUGGGCACUUCAUCCUGGGAAGUCUUUCAAACCUCCAUGUUGCUCCUGCUCUUCAGGUUCUUCCUGCUCCAUAAUGGACUUCUGUGCCAUGGGAAAGGCACAACCGCUCCCCAGGCUCUCAGGCCCCACCAUCCAGCUGCAGAAGAGCCCCUUGCCUUCCGCGUCAUCCAGAUCUCCUCCUUUGCCAACCACAGCUGGGCACACAACCAGGGCUCAGGAUGGCUAGGUGAGAUCCAGACUCACAGCUGGGACAGCGCCAUGGGCACCAUCCAUUUUCUGAAGCCAUGGUCUCGUGGGAACUUCAGCCAGGCAGAGUUGAAGAAUUUCCAGUCAUUCUUCCGGUUAUACCUCCAAGGUUUUAUUCAAGAAGUACAAGCCUUUGUGAACCAAUUUCAGUUUGAAUACCCCUUUGAGAUCCAGCUGUCCUGUGGAUGUGCACUGCGAGCUGGAACUCUCUCAGAAAGUUUCUUAUACGGAGCAUAUCAAGGAUCAGAUUUCCUGAGUUUACAAGGAGGUUCCUGGCAGCGAGCCCCUGGAGCAGGAAGUCGUGCCCAAGAUGUCUGUAGGGUGCUCAAUCAGUACAAAGACAUUGAAGAACUUGAACAGGAGCUUGUCAGUAAAACGUGCCCAGAAUUUCUGGCAGGCCUCCUUGCAAAAGGGAAGUCAGAACUGGAGCAGCAAGUGAGGCCCGAGGUCUGGCUGUCCAGUGGCCCCAGCCCUGGGCCUGGUCGUCUGCUGCUAGUAUGCCGUGUCUCUGGCUUCUACCCCAAGCCUGUGUGGGUGAUGUGGAUGCGGGGUGAAAAGCAGCAGACACGCACUCGACGAGGUGAUGUCCUGCCCAAUUCUGAUGGCACAUGGUAUCUCCGAGUAACCCUGGAGGUGGCGGCUGGAGAGGCAGCUGGCCUGGCCUGUCGAGUGAAGCACAGCAGCCUUAGAGGCCACGACAUUGUCAUUCCCUGGGGUGGACACUCCAUCCUGCUGAUACUGAUGUGUUUGGCUGUAAUGGUCACUCUGGCUGUGUUGGUUGUAGUUGAGUUUUGGUUUGUAAAGCAGAGCUCACAUGGAAGUUUCCUUCGUGUUGAUGUAAACAAGUUUGCCAGUGAACACAGCCCUGAAGAUCCCAGAGCAGGAGAGCAAGUCUACCUGACAGAGAAAUUACGGAUCAAACCCAAGUUCUUCAAGUGGAAAACGAUCUUAAGCCAACUCUGAUCACAUUAGCAUUAAGUUAGGCAUAAAAUUAUUUUCUGUGUUUUCUUAAACUUGCCUGUGUCUAGUAAAGAAAAUAUGAUUUUAUUCAACUACUUUCUUCUAUGGCAGAAAUACUAGUUCUUAAGGACAUAUAUUUUUGUUUCAUCUUCUAACAAAGUGUUCUCUGUACUUUCUUCAGAUAUUGCUUUCAUGGGGUCUUCCUAGUAUCCCCCACGUGAAAGCUACUAUUCCCUCCCAUAAUUGGGCUGAUUUUCAUAAAGACAUUCAUCUCAUUCUACCCUGAACUACACUAGUCUCAUUUUUUUACUUACUUUUUUUCCUUUUUGAUUUUUGAAAUUUGGCUUGUAAUAGGACAUUGUAUAAUAAGAUGUGGUAUUAUAAAUGAGAUAAUGAAAUAACAACAAGUCUUGAAAUCUGUGGGCCUGACAGUUUCUAUGAACUUUA